AUUGGAGUUUGUUUCAACACAAAAGUUGGACAAGGAUAGGAGAACAUUCACUUUUAGCUAAGAAGGGAACGACAUACUGAGAAUGAGUGUCAGCCCGGACAGCUAUCUUGGGUGCACUACUGCUACAUUCAAGGUCUCUGAUAAAUCAACCGUUUACUGUUGAAGCUAAAUCUGUAGUUCCGCGAGUUGAAUUGCAGUUCAUGGAUUUGUAAAUGAGACCAGUUUCAAAAAUGUUUUCAAUCAGUGUUUUAAAGAGAUAACUUGAUGUUUUUUGUGAGACUAAUCCAAGACGUCGGUGAAAUAUCCACCCGUCACCUUUUUGGUAGCUAGCUACAACAUGACUACACAGUGAACCGUCCUCGUCACUGAAAUGUAUCUGCCAAAGAUCACACGUCUCCCCUCCGUCAGGCUGCUGAGCUGCAUCCAGCAGCAGCUGCUCCUCCCCUCCAUCCCUCCUCCUGCUGCACCCAAAAGAGCUGUGAGUCAGGGUGAAUACAGGCGACCGGGCCAGCUCAGAGAGGACAAGUUCCCGUGGGAGCCGAUCACCUUUGGCUUCUCAAAGGGUUUGGAGGGGAUAAAGAAGCAUUUCAAACUGUUGAAGAAGGAGUUCUUUGACCGCUGGGUGGGUCCAGAGGGCAAACCCCUCCUCGAGCACAUGCUGGAGCAGAACCGAGUGAUGUGGGAGUUCAGAGGCCCAGAGAGCCUGGAGCAGUGGACGGUGUCCUCGGAUCGGGAGAUCGGAGGCCAAAGCGAAGUUCACCUGAAGCUCGGCAACAACAAUAAUACCUGUUUUCUGUACGGGACUCUGAACGCGACUCCUCCGAGGGAUGGAGAAACAUGCUACAGUGGCUACUGCUCCAUGCGAUCACAGCAACCUCUGGCUUCAUUUAAUAGAAAAAAUCCCUACGAUCUCUCCACUUUCAACACCCUGCAUUUGCGAGUCCGCGGGGAUGGACGUCCGUGGAUGAUCAGCAUUGCCACAGACACGUACUACUCUCACCAGAAAAACGACAUGUACAAUUAUUUCCUGUACACCAGGGGAGGACCCUACUGGCAGGAUGUGAAGAUACCGUUCUCCAAGUUCUUCCUCACGCAUUGCGGGAGGAUACAAGACGACCAGCAUCCUCUCUGGCUGGACAAGGUGAACACCGUUGGAUUUACCUUGGCGGAUAAAGCAGAAGGCCGGUUCCAGCUGGAGAUUGAUUUUGUUGCCGUCAGCAAAGAUUAUGCUCACAGUGAGGAGUUUGCCUACGAGCUGUACAAGAGAAAUCCUGAAGUUUAAACGCUGGAGAUGAACGCUCAUUAAAUAACGGCGAGGUUAUUCUGAAUCA